AGGCGUAUGCUUGGUUACAGUUCUGCGUGCGUAUUUUCACUUCCUCUUUAGAUUGAAUCUCAGUUGGGCGCCUUUCUCACUCGGACAGGGGCAGCCACAGAGGCGGAGAGAAGCACGAAAAUAUCAGGGAGCAAAAUAGCGAGUGAGCCAAGAUCGAUCAAGCAUCGGCGGAAUCAUUUACGGAGGUCAGCUAUGUCCAUGUUGGAAGUGGAAGAAGUGUUUGGUGGAAUAUGUUUUCCUGGACACCUGCACACGCAGGAGUCUUUGCGGCUUGCUCUCAGGUUUCCUUUUCAAGACACGGACAUCCUCAUUGUUUCCUAUCCAAAGUCAGGCACCACCUGGAUGCAGCAAAUGGUAACUCUGAUCACCAACCGAGGGGACCCGCACCUGUCGGAUACUGUCCCAAACUGGGCACGCGCUCCCUGGCUGGAGCACCAUUACAGCGCAGCGCUUGUCAAAAGCUUAAGCCAGCCUCGCAUGCUGACCACUCACCUGCCUCAUCACAUGCUGGCCGAGGCUCUCCGAGGAUCCAAAGCAAAGGUGAUUUAUGUGAGUAGAAACCCAAAAGACGUUGCGGUGUCCUUUUACCACUUCCACAAAAUGGCCAAUUUUCUGCCUGAUGUUGGUUCCUUUCAAGAGUUUUUAAACGCUUUUCUGGAGGGCACAGUGCAUUUUGGCUCCUGGUUCGACCAUGUCAAAGGAUGGACGAGCCAGGUCGGCGCUAUGGCUAAUCUGCUUCACGUGACCUACGAAGAGCUGUCGACGGACUUGGAAGGCUCGAUUGUGAAGGUGAGCGCUUUCCUCCAGCAUGCCCUGGUGACCGAUGAGGUGAACAAGUGUGCGGCACACUGCCGCUUCAGCAGCAUGAAGGACAACAAGAUGAUCAACGGCAGCCUCGUCCCUCGGGAGAUCCUGGACCACAGCAAGGGCUCCUUUAUGAGGAGAGGUAAAGUUGGUGACUGGCGAAACUUGUUCACCAAGGAGCAGAAUGAACGCUUUGAGAGGGUUGUGGCCGAAAAGAUGCAUGCUUGCUCUUUGGAGUUUGUUUGGGAGCAAAGGGCGCAUCCAAACCAACAGCACGGAGACACCGAGAGCUUGUAGAUGCCUGGGCCAUCGAAAGAACGGAAAUUGAAUUGCUUUCAGCACGACAGCAUGUCAUAUGCGUGUGACUCACCCUCAACUACGCAGCACCCCUUUUUGUUGGAUUUGUUUUGUUUGUUUUCAUCAUCACUAAUCGUCAACAUUCCUUCGUGAUUGAACCUCUUUGACUUGUUUCAAUUUUCUGCUGAGGCCCCAAAAGAGUAAAUGAAGCUUGUGUCCCUGUUGAGUGGGAGGGAGAGCGCUGCUGGGGUUUGAUUUCAAGUGUUGCCAGCUUCGGGUGUAUUGUUUCCUUGCAGUCGUAAGCAAGUCGUAUCGCAGCUGGCGCGCCCCCCCACUGUGAGAAUAAUUCCGAAUGAGAUAUUAAAAGGAACUCAAUUAAGA